AUGCCUCUGGCGUCGAGCACCGGCAGUGUUGGGUUCGCCCGCCUGUCCCACGACGAGAUUCGCAAGAUCUCCGUCAAGCGCAUCCAUACGACGCCGGCCUUGGACUCGAUGCACCAGCCUGUGCCUGGAGGCCUCUAUGACCCAGCACUUGGUGCCAUUCAGGCGCUUGACUUCAACUGCUCGACCUGCAAACUCAAUGCAUACAACUGCACUGGCCAUCCUGGUCAUAUCGAGCUGCCUUUGACCUGCUAUCACCCCCAAUACAUCGACACCACCCUGAGACUUCUCCGAGCGAAAUGCGCCUACUGUCACCGUUUCCGACUCCCACGAAUGUUGAUACACAAGACGCUCUGCGAGCUCCAACUCCUCCAGCGAGGCUUGGUAGAGGACUACAACUGGCUGCAAAACAUUCAGAUAGGCGGCGACAGUCGCAAUGUUCCGGAGGCAGAUGACUUGGAUGGUCUCAUGGCUCGCAGGGCCAAGUUCACCAGUAAGGCGCUCAAGAGAGCACAAAAGAGAGAGCAUGACGACCCUCUCGCCUUCAUCCGCAAUCCGGUGGCAGCGGCGACCCGGAAGCGGAUUAUUGCGGACUUUAUUUCGCGCGCCUCGAACGCUAAAGCCUGCACGUCCUGCGAAGGUAUCACUCCAUCAUACCGGAAAGACCGCGCUCUCAAGAUCUUUCGAAAACCACUGAACACCAAGCAUCGGGAAGUCAUGCGCAUCAAGGGUAUGAAGGCUCCCAACCCAUUGAUCUUCUUGCAGAAACAGGAGGAACAGCGGCAAAACAUCAAGAGGAAACUACCCAAUGGGUUGAAUGAAGUUAAUGGUGCCGAUAGCGAUGUCGAUAUGGAGGAUGCUGGCACCGUCACACAUGGCGCAGAGGACGAGAUAGCCAUGCAACAUGCCCUGCAGACCUCCGCCAACUCGAAAGCUGCUGACAACGACGAAGAGGACGACAAAACGACGUCCAUGACCUCGACCGAGGUGCACGCCGCUCUCGUGCUGCUUUUUGAGCGAGAACAAGACAUAUUGAGCCUACUGUUCUCCAGUCAUGGAGCCGCCACCGUCAGCCCCGAUAUUUUCUUCAUCCAUGCCAUUCUAGUAUCACCAAACCGCUAUAGACCGCUCGCACGACAAGAUGGGGGACUAUUGGAGGCGCAGACCAACAACGGUCUCAGUAAGAUCAUUCGAGCCUCGAAUGCGCUACGAGAAAUGUUCAAGGCAGGCAGCAAAGACAGCGCCUCACUUUCACGGUGGAUCAAUACCGCCAUCACGCUGCAAGAAAGUGUAAACCUGUUCAUCGAUUCUCCUCCCAACCCUGCACUACGGCCUGACCCUGGCGUCAAGCAGACUUUGGAAAAGAAGGAGGGCUUAUUCCGGAUGAACAUGAUGGGCAAGCGGGUAAACUUCGCUGCUCGGAGUGUUAUCUCGCCAGAUCCCAACAUCGAAACCAAUGAGAUUGGCGUGCCGCUGGUGUUCGCCAAGAAACUCACCUACCCGGAGCCUGUCACUGCUCAUAACUUUGAAGAGAUGAGUAAAGCCGUGACCAAUGGAUGGGACACAUAUCCAGGAGCUGCUGCUGUCGAGAACGAGAAAGGGAUGGUUAUGAGUCUGAAAUUCAAAACACUCGAACAGCGCCAGGCUAUUGCGAAACAACUCCUCACCACCACGGUGUCAGGAGCGAAGGGCGACCAAACGAAGAAAGUGUACCGCCAUCUACGUUCUGGAGACAUUGUCAUCAUGAAUCGGCAACCGACCCUGCACAAGCCUUCAAUGAUGGGCCACAAAGCAAAGGUGUUGACGAACCAGAAGACUAUUCGAAUGCACUACGCCAACUGCAAUACCUACAACGCCGAUUUCGACGGAGACGAGAUGAACAUGCACUUCCCGCAAAACGAGUUGGCCCGUGCUGAGGCGUACCAGAUUGCAGACACCGAUCAUCAGUAUCUAUCGGCCACUGCUGGUAAGCCACUCCGAGGUCUUAUCCAGGACCAUAUCUCGAUGGGCGUUCAAUUCACCAGCCGAGACACCUUCUUUGAUCGAGACCAAUAUCAACAGCUUCUGUACAACUGUCUGAGACCUGAGGAUAACCACACCGUGUUUGAGCGAAUUGAGAUGGUCCCGCCAGCGAUCGUCAAGCCCAAGAUGCUGUGGACCGGAAAACAGGUUAUCACUACAGUCCUCAAGAAUAUCACGGCUACCAAAUACAUGGGGAUCAAUUUGGUCAGCAAAUCUUCCACCUCAGCAGACUCGUGGAACGAGGUCACCAUUAGUGACCCCGAGCGAUUCGAUGUUACCAAUGACCAAACCUCGUUUCGUGAUACCGAGCAGAUUGUCAUUUUCAAAGAUGGCGAGCAUAUCAGUGGCAUCUUAGACAAGGGUCAGCUUGGUCCAGCCGCUGGUGGCUUGAUACACUCGAUCUACGAGCUGUAUGGUCAAAUCGCCGCAGGUAAACUUCUCAGCAUCAUCGGACGGCUGUUCACACGGUAUUUGAACGAGCGUGCCUGGUCCUGCGGCAUGGAUGACCUCUAUUUGACGAAAGAGGGUGAUAGCAAGCGCCGGGCCGAGCUGAGCCGGUCGAAACGCCUAGGCCACGAAGUGUCGGCAGAGUACGUCAGUCUGAAGCCAGACCACGUCACCCAAUCAUCCACAGCUCUUCUCCAACGUUUAGAAGGCGUUAUACGAAGCGAUGACCAGUUGAACGGCCUCGAUCAGGUCUACAAGUCGAAAGUGAAAACCAUUACCGAUGCUGUGAGCAAAGAGUGCCUGCCGCGUGGUCUCCGGAAGCCUUUCCCCAAGAAUCAAAUGCAGGCCAUGACAAUCUCCGGCGCCAAAGGUUCGAGCGUCAACGCUAACCUCAUCUCUUGCAAUCUCGGUCAGCAAGUCUUGGAGGGUCGGCGUGUACCAAUCAUGGUCAGUGGGAAAAGCCUACCAUCUUUCCAAGCGUUCGAAACCGAUCCUGGUGCAGGCGGAUACGUCAGUGGGCGUUUCUUGACUGGUAUCAAGCCCCAGGAGUAUUACUUCCAUGCCAUGUCAGGCCGUGAAGGACUGAUUGAUACCGCUGUCAAGACUGCCAAAUCGGGCUAUCUCCAACGCUGUAUCAUCAAGGGCCUCGAAGGUGCCAAAAGCGAAUACGACAAUUCAGUCCGCGAAUCCUCAAAUGGCUCUGUCAUCCAAUUCUUGUAUGGCGAGGACGGCCUCGAAGUCACGAAGCAGAAGCAUCUCAAGGAUUUCUCUUUCUUGGCGAGCAAUUUUGACACGGUCGCUGCGUCGAUGGAUCUUGAAAACGCCGAGGCGCAGAUGUCAUCGAGGAAUGUAGUUGAUCAGCACAAGGAGAUCCUCAAGUACAAGAAAGCCGCCGAAAAGAACAACGCUGGAAGGCGGUCCACGAAGCAUUACCAAGUUCCGGACCCCAUCACAGCAUCACAUUCGCCUGGUAAUAGCUACGGCAGCACGUCCGAAGCGUUCUUUGCUGAUGUUGCACGCUAUGUGAAAGAGAACCCGGAGAGGCUUAUCCGAGACAAGAAGAUCUGUCCUGAUGGGCCAGUCCGGGGGCAAGGGUUCCGCAACAUCAUGAACUUGAAGUAUCUGAGGUCUGUUGUCGAGCCAGGCGAGGCUGUGGGUGUCGUCGCUGCACAGUCUGUGGGCGAACCCUCGACCCAAAUGACGCUCAAUACGUUUCAUUUGGCCGGUCACUCGGCGAAAAACGUCACUCUUGGUAUUCCUCGUUUACGAGAGAUUAUUAUGACUGCCACACCCAAUAUUAUGACUCCGACUAUGACGCUGAAGUUGAUCGAGGAGAUGACGCCAGACGAUGCCACGAAAUGGGCCAAGCACUUGAGCAGGUUGCCACUGGCACACUUGGUUCGAGACCUCGACGUGACCGAGCGAAGUGACGGUGGUGCGGGCUACGAGCACGAAAAGAUCUAUGACAUCCGCAUUCAUUUGUUCGAUGUUGAGCAAUACGAGCAGGAAUACGCCAUCACGUCGAAUGAGGUCGAGCAUGCUCUUGAGACGAUAUUCCUUCGUCGGCUCGACAAGAUCAUCAAGGAAGCACUGAAGAAGAAGGCCAAAGAAGGGAGCAGUGCAGAGUCGACCGCAGCUGUUCCUGUCAUAGGCGAGUCAGUUGGGCGGGUUGAAGAGGUGCGUGGCGGCGAUCGACCUGUCGGCGAUCGCGAAGGUGGUGAGGAUGACAUCGAUGAAGAUGCUGAUCCGGAGUCGGCCAAGGAUAGUGCUCAACAACAUCGUCGUGAGGAUGACUAUGACGAGCCUGACGAAGACGAGGAAGCUAUUGCUGACGCCUCUGACGGCGAAGACGAUGAUGAGCGAUUGGAGGGCGACACGACCAAAGCCCCCGGACCUCAGGCGCCCGAUGUUGAUGCCAUUUCUGAUGCUGAAUCCAUCGACUCCGAGACCGAGAGUCGACGUGAACGCCUGAAGAGCGACUUUCCUCAUCUCAAGCGCUUUGCUUUCAGCCGCAAGCCUGGCAAGCCCACACGCAUCGUCCUCUCCUACGACUCUCGCACAUCCAAGCUACUGCUGCUCCCCUUGAUCGAGAAAGCCGCACACCAAUCCCUGGUCCGUUCAAAGCAUGGUAUUGGCAUGGCUGCCAUGUUCAUGGAAGAUGUGAAGGACUCGGCCGGCAAGCUGCUGAGGCGCAAAGAUGCCACGACUGGCGAGGAAGAGACGGUGCAGGAGCCGGUUGUCACCACCGAAGGCGUCAAUCUAUCUGCCAUGUGGGACCAGCAGCACAUCAUCAACCCUCACGUGUUGUACACCAACUCGGUGCACGACAUGCUACGGUUUUACGGCGUCGAGGCCGCGCGAACGGUCAUCAUCAAGGAAGUUGCUGGUGUGUUUGCAGGCCACGGCAUCAGUGUGGACAACCGGCAUAUCAACCUCAUUGCAGACGCAAUGACACAAAGUGGCACUUAUCUGCCGUUUAGCCGACAUGGCAUUGUAAAGGAGAGCGGCAGUGUGUUGGCUAAGAUGAGCUUCGAGACUGUCAUGACCUUCCUCAAGGAGGCAGUGCUGAUGGGUGAACACGAUCCAUUGUUGGGACCGAGUGCACGGAUCGUGGCGGGCAAGAGAGGCACCAUUGGAACGGGCGGGUUUGAUCUUGUUGCCCCCGUGGCAUAA